CGCUGUCGGCGCUCGCUGGAUUCACAACAAUGUAGCACACGCAUAAUGGAAUUUCCCGGGUUCACUUUCAAACGCUUGUGUUGUUGUUUUAAAAAUUAACAGGACUUUCGCUUUGACUUCAAAGGGGAUGAAACGCAGUGCCGCUGAAUGAAUAGGUGAGGGGGUGCCAUGCCAGCUCCUGCUUCCCUGUUGCUGCUCCUCGCCAUCUUGUGGUGGCCUCUGGUAUUGCCUCUGGCCCCCGGCCAUCUUCAAAGCCCCCCUACAUUCAUCACCCUUAAUGGCUCCCACCUCAAUCACCUCCUACUCGACACCCAUUCGAGCCACAUCUACGUGGGGGCGGUAAAUGUGCUCUAUCACCUCUCUCCAGACUUGCAGCUACUCUCCUGGGGCAAAACGGGGCCUAAACUGGACAGCCCGGACUGCCUACCACCCAUUGACCCCACUGAUUGCACCCAGGCGGAAACCACGGACAACACCAACAAGCUUUUGUUGCUGGAAGAGAUCAAAGGAGGGGAUCCGCUCAGCCUGAUUGUGUGCGGGACAGUUCUGCAGGGCAUCUGCGAGAAGCGAAGCUUGGAGAAUGUCUCUCAGGUUCUGUACAAGACCGACAACCCCGUGGACACGCAGUAUGUGGCAGCAAACAACCCUCGAGUGUCCACAGUUGGUGUGGUGGUUGAGCAGAAAGGUGUUCUGCUUAUGCUUGUUGGGCGGGGCUACACCAGUAAAGGACCUGGUGGGAUCCCGCCAAUCACGAUGCGACGCUUAACCCCAGUCGCGCGUUACUCUGCUCCAGCAUUCUCCCACGAAGAACUUGGAAAGCUGGUUGUCGGUAGCUAUUCCGAAUACAACAACCACUUUGUGAAAGCUUUUCACCACAACAACUACGUCUAUUUUGUGUUCUCUCGGCGCGACAUGUGGGGCAAACGAGAAUAUCGGACAUAUGUUUCAAGACUCUGUGUAGGCGACCCCAAUUUCUACUCUUAUGUGGAGGUGCCGCUUUCCUGCGGUGGAGGAUACAAUCUGGCACAGGCGGCUGUACUUGGCUAUCACCGUGAACAACCGACGCUGUUUGUGGCCAUGGCCAUGGGGCAGGCAUCGACUCCCACACCCACAGACAGGACAGCUCUUUGUGUGUACAAGGUGGAGGAGCUGGAUAAAGCCCUGCAUGGCGCCCAGCUACUGUGUUACACACAAGAGGGCAAAGACGCCAACAACAAGGAGAAGGCGUAUAUAGAGUACGAAGUGUCCUCCAGUUGUCUGAAGCUCCCGCAGGACUCUCUGAAUGAGUACCCAUGCGGAGGUGAACACACACCCAGCCCCAUCGCCAGUGCCAUUGCUCUUGAGGCCACGCCCGCUUUCACCUGGACUCCUCCCAUCACUGCUGUCACCACGGCAACUGAAGUUGGCCAUACCAUAGUACUGCUAGGAGACAAAAAUGGAAGGCUGCACAAGGUGUUCUUACAUGCAAAUGGUACCGGUACCAAAUAUGACACAGUGGAGGUGGAUGCAGAGAGUCCCAUUAACGCUGACCUGCUGUUGGACUCCAACAAACAGAACGUCUACGUAUUAACUGGAAGAAAGGUUACAAAGCUCCACGUCGCUCAGUGUGAGAAGCACUUAGACUGCCACACCUGUCUGUCUAAUAGAGAUCCCUACUGCGGCUGGUGUUCGCUGGAGGGCAGGUGCAUGGCGUGUGUUAGCAGUAUGUGGCCAUGUCAUUGGUGUGUGAAGGAUGAGCUCUGCACUCAUGAUAAGAGCUGUCCUCGUCAACACGUCAUCUAUAACAGCAGGGAGCUGUCAUUGCCCCGUGGGCCUGACUCUUGCCCCUGCGUCUGGGCCCUGCAGAGCUCCCCUCUGGUUCCUGUUGGCUUUGACAGCGAGCUCUCUCUGCAGGGCAAAAACCUGGACAUAUUUGAGGAUGAGGAAGAUUAUGCUUGCGUGCUGGUCAUCGAAGGCCAGGAGCUGCGCUUGCCAGCCACGUUGGACCGCAGCAAAGAGACGGGGACGCAUGUGUUCAAGUGUGCCGCUCAUCAGUUUCGGUACUCAGGAAAGCAGUUUGAAUAUUCCGCUCCUGUAUACCUGCAGUGGGGGACACAGCGUAUAGACUCAGCACCACAUCUCCGCUUGCAGCUGUACGACUGCUCAGUGGGACAGUCCGACUGCAGCCAGUGUCGUGCAGUUGCGGGUAAUUACGGAUGUGUGUGGUGUGCCGAUGAAACCCCUGGCUGUGUGUAUAACCAAUCCUGCACCAGCGGAACCAUGGACACCUGUCCUCCUCCUCUAAUUACUGAGGUCGAGCCUCUGACCGGGCCACUGGAAGGCGGCAUCCUGCUUACAAUCCAGGGAUCGAAUCUGGGCCAGAGCUUCCAGGACAUCCAGGCAGGAGUGACGGUGGCAGGGGUGACCUGCAGACCUCUGCCCGAGGCCUAUCGCAUUUCCACCAGCAUUGUGUGUGAGCUCCAGGCCAGUGCAAAUGCCACAGCCGGACCGGUUGUCAUCACUGUCAGAGGUUCAGAGAAAGGAGAGUCCCAGCAGACGUUCUCAUAUCAGAAUCCACAGCUGAGUAGGAUUGUGCCGGAAAAAGGGCCCUUAGCUGGGGGCACGAUGCUAACGCUCCAUGGGUCGCAGCUCCUGACGGGACAAAGAACAGAACAAAGUAGUGACCAAAUCGCUGGCCUGCAGACUUUCUUGGGCUCAAAGCCCUGUCGCAUAAAUGAAGUGAGUGACACACGGCUGAUUUGUCGCACCAGUCACUCCAACCAAACUGGAAGAGUGCCAGUCAAAGUUGUGUUUGGAAAAGCAGAGAGGAUUUUGGAUAGUGUUCUUUUCAGCUAUAUGGAAGACCCUGUGAUUACUGAUGCAACACCUACGGAGAGUUUCUAUGGGGGUGGACGUCUUAUAUACGUGACUGGCCAAAACCUGAAUGUCGUUCAGCAGCCAAAGAUGUCAGUCUCUAAUGAGCCUAGAGAGAGGUCAGAAGUCAGAAGACGUCGAUACACCCACGUUUCUGUCAGGAGUCCCUUGGUUACGAUUCAGGAGUUGUGCACCAAUGUGACCUCCGAGAGGAUGAUUUGCAAGAGCCCAAUGGUGGAGCCGAAAUCCAGGAUAGUGCGAGUGUGGUUCGAGAUGGACAAUGUGCACAUUGACUUUCACACCAUCAAGAACAAGCUGUUCACGUACCACCCAAACCCAGACUUAUUCCAGCUGAACAGUGAGUCCCGAGGAACACCCAUCCGAUUCAAACCUGGAGGAGUCCUGGCAGUAGAGGGUAAGGGACUGACACUGGCUAUGAACAGAGAUGAAGUUGUGGCCCAGCUAGGGGACAAAGAGUGUGUCAUCAAGACUCUUGAUAACACACACCUGUACUGCGAACCACCUGAGGAACAGCCUCUCGCCCUGGACGACAGUGACUUACCAAAACUAAAGGUGUUAAUGGGAAGCCUGGCGUUUGACUUGGGUCCAGUGCAGUAUGACAAUGAUUUACACUCCCUGGUGCCUCUGGCAGCUCAGAUCGGCCUGGCAGCGGGGGCCGCGGUGGUCGUUCUCAUCGUGCUGGUUAUCAUUCUCAUGUACAGGCGGAAGAGUAAACAAGCUCUGAGAGACUAUAAAAAGGUUCUGGUGCAGCUGGAGACUUUGGAGAUAAAUGUUGGAGACCAAUGCAGAAAAGAGUUCACUGAUCUGAUGACGGAGAUGAUGGAUUUGAGCAGUGACGUUGGUGGUCCUGGCAUCCCCUUUCUGGAUUACCGCACAUACGCAGAGCGUGUUUUCUUCCCCGGCCAGAAGGGUGCGCCGCUGAGUCAGAAUCUGGAUUUGCCUGAUUCUCGCAGACAGACGGUGGAGCAGGGCCUGGGUCAGCUCAACAACCUGCUCAACAACAGACUCUUCCUUAUACGGUUCAUUCAUACUCUGGAGGUGCAGCAGAGUUUCUCGCAGCGGGACAGAGGUUACGUUGCAUCUCUUCUCACGAUGGCCCUUCAUGACAAGCUGGAAUACUUCACAGAUGUGAUGAAGACCCUGCUGGGGGAUCUAGUGCAGCAAUAUGUGACCAAGAACCCCAAACUCAUGCUGCGCAGGACAGAAACGGUGGUGGAGAAGAUGCUGACCAACUGGAUGUCCAUCUGUCUCUACUCAUUUCUCAAGGAGGUUGCUGGUGAGCCUCUCUACAAGUUGUACAGGGCUAUUAAAUACCAGGUGGAUAAAGGACCAGUGGAUGCAGUGACGGGCAAAGCCAAACGCACUCUCAACGACAGCCACCUGCUCAGAGAGGACAUUGAAUACUGCUCAGUGACUCUGACUGUGCUGGUGAAGAGCGGUGUUGAGGUCCAGCCCUGUCCUGUUAAAGUUCUGGACACUGACACCAUAACUCAGGUUAAAGAUAAAAUCCUGGACCAGAUAUAUAAAGGAGCAGCAUUCUCCCAAAGACCAGCCGCAGACUCACUGGACCUUGAGUGGAGAUCAGGCCAGGCGGGUCACCUGACGCUUUCUGAUGAUGACGUCACAGCCAUCAUUCAGGGUCGCUGGAAACGGAUCAACACUUUACAGCACUACAAGGUACCUGAUGGGGCCACUGUGGCUCUCAUCCCUCGUUCCCAGAGUUCUCUUGGAGUAAAUCAGUUUUACCAGACUGGAGAGAAAACUCCCAUGCUGGAGGGAGAGGAGGAGGAAGGUCUUCGUCUGUGGCACCUGGUGAAGCCGAGCGAGGACCCAGAGAUCCCCAAACACAGGAAGAGCAGCAUGAGAGAGAGGGAGCGGGCAAAAGCCAUUCCUGAGAUCUACCUUACACGACUGCUUUCUAUGAAGGGCACUCUGCAGAAGUUUGUAGAUGAUGUCUUUGUAGCCAUACUGAGUACAAAAUGGCCUCCACCCAUCGCUGUCAGAUUCUUCUUUGACUUCCUGGACGACAUGGCAGAAAAACACGGGAUUGACGACCCAGAGACCGUUCACAUAUGGAAAACAAAUAGUUUACCUUUGCGUUUCUGGGUCAACAUCUUGAAGAAUCCUCAGUUCGUCUUUGACGUGCAGGUGACAGAUAGCGUGGAUGCCGUCCUUUCCGUUAUCGCACAGACCUUCAUUGAUUCCUGCACUACAUCCGAGCACAAAGUAGGCCGGGAUUCUCCAGUGAAUAAGCUGUUGUACGCCCGAGAAAUCCCACGAUACAAGCAGCUGGUGGAGAGGUACUACAGUGAUAUUCAUAACGCCGUGUCUGGCUGUUACCAGGAAAUGAAUUCAACCCUCACAGAGCUGUCAGGGAGCUUUGCAUCUGAGAUGAACAAUUUGGUGGCGUUGCAUGAGCUGUACAAGUAUAUCAACAAAUACUAUGAUCAGAUUAUCAUGUCUCUGGAAGAAGACGCUGCGGGUCAGAAGAUGCAGCUGGCGUAUCGGCUUCAGCAGGUUGCCGCCCUGGUGGAGAAUAAAGUCACUGACCUUUAGGCUUUGACCUUUCACCUUGUCGUCUAAACUCAUCAAUAAUCACGUUUUAUCAUUUGUGACCGGCUGAUGAAAUGCAGUCACUACGUCAAACACUCGUGUGCUUCCACAACCGUUCACAUAAACUACCUGCAUAUUCUUAACAAAAGGGAACAGGAACUGAAGUAAUGAUCACUUUCUUCCGAUGAAACCUUAAUGGGAAUUUUAUUGGAGAAGGAUUGCUUUUCAGACUGAGUCUCUGAAUGACUCACUGGAGUAUUGACUGAUGGGAAGUGUGUGUGUGUGUGUGUGUGUGUGUGUGUGCGUGCAUGUUUUAUUGUGAUGUUUUAUCUGAAAGGCUCUGCUGUAUAUGUGAAGUUUACUUAAUUCAAAUUUUGACACGAGACUAUUUUAAUCACACUACUGAAGCAGCUCUCACAUAUUGUGACAUGCUGAGACACAUUUUAUACCAUUUUUACUUCCACUCAAAUGAUCAGAUCCACUUUAUGGAGAUUCAUGAACUGGUUCAACGAAACCUUACAGUCAUGUCAGCACUGCGGACAAAACCUACAUUUACUUCUACUGUACGUGGAGUAUUUCGUUCCAGGUUUAGAAAAGUUCUGCUCCUGCACAAUCAAAUCCCAAACUCAAAGACUGUCCUUGGCCCUGUGGUGUUAACGUUUUAUACUAACAUUUCUACAUUAGUAUUGCAGAUCAAAACAAGUAUUAAGCUUUUACAGGGACUGUAGAGUAAGUCUAUGCACACAAGUGCCAAAACAAGUUAUAAGAGCACAAUAUUUAUGUGCAUGUUAUUGUGUAGCUUUAGGUGUGCAUGCAAAAUAAAAGACGAAAAGUCACAGUUUUCAGGUUUUCCGCUGUUGUUAAUAUCUAAAAUAUCUGGAAUUUCUCAAAAUUGUUAAAUGUGAUAAUCUGAAUUUGGUUUGUAGUUCCAUUAGCUGGUUAACUUAAGUUCAUCAAGAAUUAAUAAGCCUUCACUCCCAUGAUUUCUGAUAGAUCCCUAUAAAAUAUGGGUCCUGGCCACAUAUUUCGCUCCCAAAUCAACAGAAAAAAAACAUUUCAGAAAUUAUACUAUAUUCUUACACUUUAACUAAUAUAUCAUUAUUUUUCUUUUCCCAGUAAUAGAUUUUUGCAUUGCUUCUUAAUACUUCUCAGAAUGUUGCAUUGCACAAUAUCUUUCAAUUCAAUUUUAAUUUCUGAUUUUAUUUGAUUUCGGCAUGAAAUCAAUCCUAGAUCUUUGCAGGUUUUGUGAGAUUCACCCACACUUACAGUGCAUGGCAUUGAUUUCCUAAUGCCUGCUUUGUAUUUAAUAGCACAAGCGAGCACAAUUAAAGAUUCAAUCUCACGCGUUUUGAGUCUCAGAUGAAAUUGCAAUGCAGCUGGGAUGUCCUGUCUCUUGGGAGGUAUUGAAACAAAGCUGGGACAGUUUGGGUCAUUGGAUUUCGGGUUGGCAAAUGAAGAAAAGCAUCUUUAUUCGCUUUGUCCCAAUGAUUAGAAAAGCAGCAGUCGGAUUGAGAGUUGUGCUCAUCAGACACUGAAUAGAAAUGAACUUAUUAUAUUGUAAAUAAUGCUUAUUUAUACGUGACCGCCAAUGUGCCUUCUUUGUUACUUUUUAUAACGUCUACACUUUAAGUAAACAUGCUUGACAUUACUUGCCAAAUGGAGGAAAAGAUGAACUGUGGCACAACUGUUGCCUGUUGUGAAGAUCAUACAGGGCUUUUAGUCUCUGGACUGCAGCGCGUCUCAGGAUUAUAGCCGUCGAUCUCAAUGGAUUCAAUAUAAAACCAUGUGUAGCUCAAUCAUUUCUAGUUUGCCCUACCGGCUCAUUUCCGAUCUGUAUUCACCUUGUCACAAGUGAUGAUGGUGUAAAUUAAUUUUUUUUUUUUUUUUUUUGUGCAUCCAUGCUUUUAAGCUUCUUAAAAUCGUCAUGAUUUGUUUUUGCCUGAAGCACUUUGUGGUUAAAUUUUGGCUCACCCAUAAUGUCAAAUAAAUUUUGUAGUUUGAUCAUGAAGCUGAUGUCAUAUGCUUUAACAUGAUCCCUUUUAUCUGUAGAACUGAAAAUAAUGAAUUUAAUGCUAUCUGGACAUCUCAAAUGCAUUUUUGAAGGCUUCCCUGUUCCUGCAUUUAUUUGUGAGAUUUUGAGCUAUUACGCUUCAUCAUAUUAAUGUAUGCACAGAGUUGUGUUUUAAAAAUGUAUUAGUUUGCUGUAUGUUUAUUAGCCUGUUGUUGAAUGUGUUUGGCCUCUCAGUGUAUUUUUUGAUUAUUAUAGGCUGAUGCAUGCUUGAGAUUUGAUUGGAUUUUCUGAUUGGGGUGCUUUAUGAGAGGUUCACUCGAUGGACUGCAUUAUGAGUGCAUGACUCUCAUAAAAACCCUCCUCAGAAGAAAGUGUGUGUGCAUGAGAGUUUGUAAGUAUUUGUAGCGCUUCGUACAUGAUGGUGAGGUUUUUUGGCGAGUCUCCUGUUAUGGACACUUUUCUCUAAGAGAAUCCAGCCAAACCUUCUUUUUGUACAUUCUUGCGAUUUCCUGUUUUGCCAGUUGUGUGGAAUAUGGCUUUGUAUCUUUGCAGAUAUAUAAUUCAGACCAUUGUUUAGAGAAUUGUUGGUGUAUAUGGAGCCCUUGCCCGGCACCGAGUUUUACACAACUUUUAUACAAGGGUAAAAAAAUAAUAAUAUAUGGUAAUUUUCUAAUGAAGUUGGGAUUAAAUAAGAAACUUAAACCCAGUCUAAAGACGUACUCUUUUGUUUUUGUAUUGUGUAUAGUUUGCUAACAAUUGUGUAUAUGUGCCUGUACAUAUUUGUGAAGAGGACUUGUUCUUUUUUUUUUUUUCUUCAAACUUGGACAGACUUACUCUCUACAUUCAGGAGAAAUUGGGAGCCAAAAUGUUGAAAUGAGUGAAAUGGAAAUUUGUAUCUGGAAAAAAUAAAGCUAUAAUUUUAACAAUGAA